AAAAAAAGAUAGAAGAAAAAACAGAAGAAAAGAUAGAAGAAAGACAGAAGAAAAAUAAAAGAAAAGAUAGAAGAAAAGAUAGAAGAAAAAUAAAAGAAAAAACAGAAGACAAAAUAGAAGAAAAAACAGAAGAAAAAACAGAAGAAAAAUGA